ACCGGAAGUGACGCCAAACAGCGGCGGCGGAGGGAGAACAGUGCUGCUGGGGGAGCACGGGAGGGCGGCGAUUUCCGGUUCCUGGAGAGGGCUCGGGGGGGUCGCUUACAGACUCGCAGGCCGUGGCGGCUGCUGGGACCAUGGAGUUCCCUGGAGGAAACGACAAUUACCUGGCCAUCACGGGGACGGCCCAUCCCUUCCUGUCGGGGGCGGAGACGUUCCACACCCCCAGCCUGGGGGAUGAGGAGUUUGAGAUCCCGCCCAUCUCCCUGGACGCCGACCCCUCGCUGGCUGUCUCAGAUGUGGUGGGGCACUUCGAUGACCUGGGGGACCCCAGCAGCGCGCCCGACUCCGGCUUCUCCACCCAGUAUGGCGUGCAGGCCCUCGACAUGCCCGUGGGCAUGAACCACGGCCUCAUGGAGCAGGGCGGCGGGCUCCUGGCGGGGGGGCUGGCCAUGGACCUGGAUCACUCCAUGGGCACCCAGUACAGCACCAACCCGCCCGUCACGAUAGACGUGCCCAUGAGCCCCGGUGCACUGAUGGGGCACGGCCAGCUGACCACCAUCGACCAGUCCGAGCUGAGCUCCCAGCUGGGCCUGAGCCUGGGGGGCAGCUCCAUCCUGCCGCCCGCUGCCCAGUCGCCCGAGGAGCGGCUCUCCACCACGCCCUCCCCCACCAGCUCCCUGCAGGAGGACGAGCCAGAGGAGUUCAGACGGCAGCAGGUGCCGGCCCAGAAGGCUGCGCCAGUGGUGCUGGACGUGGGGCGGAAGCAGAAGCCCGCCAAGAAGCAGAAGAAGAAGAAGGACCCAAACGAGCCGCAGAAGCCGGUCUCGGCCUAUGCCCUGUUCUUCCGUGACACGCAGGCCGCCAUCAAGGGCCAGAACCCCAACGCCACCUUCGGGGAGGUCUCUAAGAUCGUGGCCUCUAUGUGGGACAGCUUGGGCGAGGAGCAGAAACAGGUUUACAAGCGGAAGACGGAGGCGGCGAAGAAGGAGUAUCUGAAGGCGCUGGCGGCCUAUCGGGCUAUCCAGACGGUAGCCGAGACGGCGGAGCUGGACCUGAACCCAGUGCCGCCCCCAGCAGCUCCCCAGCCAGCACCAGCUCCGGCCCCCGCGGCCCCUGUGCCAGCCCCCACACCCCCUGCCCCCUCGCCGGUUCUGGAGUCCCCACCAGCCACCCCCCAGCCAGCGCCCACCCCCGGGAACCUCUGCUCGCCGCCGCCAGCCCAGCCCAGCUUCACCAAGAUAAUCAUCCCCAAGCAGAUGCUGCCCUUGUCCUCGCAGGGCGGUGUGGUCACUGUCAUCCCCGUCACCUCCGUCACCUCCAGGGGGCUGCAGCUGGGCACAGGCGCCACCCAGAUAGUCACCCGCUCUGUGCUGCAGGCAGCGGCCGCUGCCGCCGCCGCUGCCUCCUCCAUGCAGCUGCCCCGGCUCCAGCCCCCGCCCCUGCAGCAGAUGCCCCCGCCCCAGCCCCCUGCCCAGCAGGUUGCCGUCCUGCAGCCGCCGCCGCCCUUGCAGGCCAUGCAGCAGCCCGCCCUGCAGCAGAAGGUGCGGCUCCACCUGCAGCAACAGCCCCCGCCCCUGCAGAUCAAGAUCCUGCCUCCACCAGCCCUGCAGAUCCAGCCUGUCACCCUGCAGCCCGAGGAGGCCAGUCCCGAGCGGCCCAGCCCGGAGCCCCAGGGCUCCCCAGAGCCCGUGGAGAUGAUCACGGCCGACGUGGUGCCCGAGGUGGAGUCCCCGACGCAGAUGGACGUGGAGCUGGUGUCGGAGUCACCCGUGGGGCUGUCGCCCCGGCCCCGCUGUGUGCGCUCCGGCUGCGACAACCUGCCCGUCAGCAGCAGUGACUGGGACAACGAGUACUGCAGCAGCGAGUGUGUCGUCAAACACUGCAGGGACGUGUUCCUAGCCUGGCUGGCUUCCCGCAACUCCAGCAGCAGUGUGGUCUUUGUGAAGUGAGCGGUGCCCGUUUUGACUGCGGGCAGCGCCCGGCGCAGACACGGCUGGGGACCAAGGGGGACCAUGCCCCCUGGGGUGGGGGGGAGGUGGUGCAGGCACAGACUUUGCUCUUCUGACAGGCCAGGCCUCUGGAGCUGAUUAAAGUGGGAGGGGCUGGA